AUGAGACUAAGGCGCGUUUUCAUUUGGUGCCUCUAUUUGAUAACUUUGUUUUUUGUGUGCAAGAAUGAAUUGGCUUCCUGUUCGGCAAACAACAACCAAGGAAAGGAGAACUACCUGAACAGAACGAUUAACAUUUUAAACGCAGGAAAGAAUGUAGCCAAGCGAUAUGGGCACAGUCAGCUGAAGCCCCUGCACAUCCUGAGCGCCCUCGCGAAGAGCGACUAUGGUUCCAACCUCCUGAAGGAAAACAGCGUCAAUGCGAGCAACCUGAAGGAAUACAUAGACACAGCCUUGGAGCAGACCCGGGCCGGAGCGCCACUGGACAACAAGAGCAAAAUCGGGUACUCGGACGAAGUGAAGGAAGUGCUGGCCGAGGCGGAGGCAUUGGCGAAUAAAUACAAAAGCCAGAAAGUAGAUGUGGAGCACCUUCUGAGUGGUUUAAUGAAUGACGAUUUGGUAAACGAGAUCAUGAACGAAGUAUACCUGACGGAAGAAGCUGUGAAAGGAAUCUUGAAAAAUAAACUUGAAAAAAAUAAGAAGGAUAAGGAUGGAAAAUCUGGAGGAUUGUAUUUAGAACAGUUUGGUUCCAAUUUAAAUGAAAAAGUCAGAAAUGGAAAAUUACAAGGAAUUUACGGAAGAGAUGAAGAAAUCAGAGCAGUGAUAGAGUCUUUGCUAAGAUACAACAAGAACAGUCCUGUGUUAGUUGGACAACCAGGAACUGGUAAGACUACCAUUGUAGAAGGACUAGUGUAUAGAAUAGAGAAAGGAGAUGUACCAAAGGAACUUCGAGGGUACACAGUGAUUAGUUUAAAUUUUAGAAAAUUUACCUCAGGGACUUCAUACAGAGGAGAAUUUGAAACGAGAAUGAAAAAUAUUAUUAAAGAAUUGAAAAAUAAAAAAAAUAAAAUUAUCCUUUUUGUUGAUGAAAUACAUCUAUUGUUGGGAGCUGGUAAAGCAGAAGGAGGAACAGAUGCAGCCAACUUAUUGAAGCCCGUUUUGUCAAAAGGAGAAAUAAAAUUAAUUGGAGCUACUACCAUAGCAGAGUAUAGAAAAUUUAUUGAGAGUUGUUCUGCUUUUGAAAGAAGAUUUGAAAAAAUUUUAGUUGAACCACCAUCAGUAGAAAAUACCAUUAAGAUAUUAAGAUCGCUAAAAAGCAAAUAUGAAAAUUUUUAUGGAAUACACAUCACAGACAAAGCGUUAGUUGCUGCUGCUAAGAUCUCUGAUAGAUUCAUAAAGGAUCGUUACUUACCUGAUAAAGCAAUUGAUUUGCUGAAUAAAGCUUGCUCAUUCUUACAAGUACAACUGUCAGGAAAGCCUCGUAUUAUUGAUGUAACAGAGAGAGAAAUUGAACGAUUGGCUUAUGAAAUUAGCACACUAGAGAUGGAUGUAGAUAAAGUAUCAAAGCGCAAGUAUAAUAACCUGAUUAAAGACUUUGAAAAUAAAAAGGAGCAAUUGAAGAAGCAUUAUGAAGAAUAUGUCAUUUCGGGAGAGAGACUUAAGAGGAAAAAAGAAACAGAAAAAAAAUUAAACGAAUUGAAGGAACUUGCUCAAAAUUAUAUUAGUGCUAAUAAAGAACCACCCAUUGAAUUGCAAAAUAGCUUGAAAGAAGCCCAAGAAAAAUAUAUGGAAGUAUACAAAGAAACAUUAGCUUAUGUAGAAGCAAAAACGCAUAACGCUAUGAAUGUAGAUGCAGUCUACCAGGAGCAUGUUUCUUACAUCUACUUGAGAGAUUCUGGUAUGCCAUUGGGUUCUCUCUCUUUUGAAUCAUCCAAAGGGGCACUAAAAUUAUAUAAUAGUUUAUCCAAAUCGAUUAUUGGUAAUGAGGAUAUCAUCAAAUCUUUGAGUGACGCUGUUGUGAAGGCAGCAACGGGUAUGAAAGAUCCGGAGAAACCUAUUGGUACGUUCUUAUUUUUGGGACCUACUGGUGUGGGUAAAACUGAGCUAGCCAAAACGUUAGCCAUUGAAUUGUUCAGCUCGAAGGAUAAUCUGAUCCGAGUGAAUAUGUCCGAAUUUACAGAAGCACAUUCAGUGUCAAAGAUUACGGGUAGUCCACCAGGUUACGUAGGAUUUAGUGACUCAGGUCAGCUAACCGAAGCAGUGAGAGAGAGACCUCACUCCGUUGUUCUUUUCGACGAGUUAGAGAAGGCACAUCCGGAUGUAUUUAAAGUGUUACUGCAAAUUUUAGGAGAUGGAUAUAUUAACGAUAAUCACAGAAGGAACAUCGAUUUUUCAAACACGAUUAUUAUUAUGACUUCCAAUCUAGGUGCAGAAUUAUUUAAAAAGAAAUUAUUUUUUGAUGCCAACAAUUCGGAUACUCCAGAAUACAAAAGAGUGUUCGAUGACUUGAGAAUCCAACUCAUCAAAAAAUGUAAAAAAGUCUUCAAACCUGAAUUUGUUAACAGAAUAGAUAAGAUAGGAAUAUUUGAACCUUUGAGUAAAAAGAACCUACGUGAAAUUGUCAAGUUGAGAUUUAAGAAGUUGGAGAAACGUUUAGAGGAGAAAAAUAUUCACGUAUCCGUAUCGGAGAAGGCUAUAGAUUACAUCAUUGACCAAUCGUACGAUCCUGAGUUAGGAGCCAGACCAACUCUCAUUUUUAUUGAAAGUGUUAUCAUGACAAAAUUCGCCAUUAUGUAUUUGAAGAAGGAGUUGGUCGACGACAUGGAUGUGCACGUCGACUUUAACAAGGCCGCCAACAAUUUGGUCAUCAACCUGACCGCGGUGUAG